ACUUUUAUUGAUUGACUCAGUGAGCUAAUAUUUGACAUGUACGUACUUAAAAAGAGUAGUUAGCUUGUAAAUAGCAAGUUUUCUGCUUGUAAAAGUAUUGAGAAUCUGGAAGUCUUUGUCAGGAAUCUGUGUUAUCUGAAGCUGAAGUUUUUUCCUAGUUCUCUGGAUUACUUAAUUGAAGUUUAAGAGCUACCUUUUACUCUCAGGUGCUUGCUUUAUUGUGUGUUACCAUCUGAGGGUACCAGUCAGUGAUAAUUAAGAAGAAAUGCUGCAUAUUGCCACUUUUUUUUCAAUGUUGCAAUAGGAAUGAAUUUAGUUUUUUUUGUUGUUGUUUGUUUUUGUAAGACUUAUGCCAUAUUCUUUACGAUAUAUAUCAGAUCUUUGGAUGGCAAAUAAUUUGUUACUAGUUGUAAGAUGAUCCAAAUCAGUUACUUGGAAUUUUUAUGAAGUAGAAUAUUUUUAUUCCUGUUACUGGGACCAUGACAGUAUCAAAUUAUGAGUCGAUUAUUGCUAAAAAUGAAAAGGCCUAAAUGCAAACAUUAGUAGCACUGAUGUAUAUCUGACUGUCUGAGUGAUCCAGAAGUGGGAUAAGACUAGAAGGGCAUCCUUUAACUAUUUUUUCUGUGUUCUAGGUUUUAACCAGCUCUUUUUAAGUGAUUCACAAGAGUCAAGGCAUUCCUAUUUGUGAAUGUAAGAUUGUAUCAGAAAACAGAGUACAGAGUCUAUGAAGUCAUAUGAAUCUUCUAAAAAAAAAAUGGAACCAGAAAAAUCAAGCAGCAGUUCACCUUUCUGCCUUUAGAGCGGUCUAGCUGUAGUAAACUAUUUUUGUUCGAACAUAGUAUGAGUAGUUAUAGACACAUAAGACCUUUGGAUUCAUACACUAAGCAUAACCUAGUUUUUCUUUUGUAUAAAUUUUUUAAAGGCUCAAGUAAAAAGAAAUCCUGCUUUUAGACUAUGAACAUUUAACUUUGGUUUUAUAAUUUUAAUGUAACACUACAAGUAAAUAGCAAUUUAGAGUAUAGAUAUUACUACAGUUUAAAUAGACCUAGAAAUAUAGUUAAUAGGUCUCUUAUAUUAACUAUUUUAAUUGUCAAACAAAGCACAUUUUUAGAAUUUAAUUUGAAAUACGAUUUUAGUAUCAGGGAAAAUUUUGGUCUAAUUGCUCUCAAAUAUUUAAAAUUUUUGAAUAAAUAAUUGUAAAGGUUUAAUGAAUUUUAAGAGGUGUUUGAUCUUUUAAAUAGUGCUGGUUGGUUUAAGUAUACUGUAUUAGCACUACCCGAGAGGCUUCAAGCAUAGGCAGAAUAGAAAGAAAAAGGGCCUAAAUAUUUUUCUUUUUGAAAUGUAAAAUUUAAAUGAACUUUCUGGGUUAGCACAUCUCAAUGUGGAGAUCACAUUUACAUAUGAACCCUUACGGUUAACAUUGGAGAGGCUAUUUCCUACUUUGGUAGAAGGUUAAUUUGUAUUCUUUCCCACUGUUUAAGAUAACUACAGUAACUUGAGUUCAUCACCAAAAACAAACUUAGGCUUGUGGCAUAGGCUAAUGGGGCUCUGUUGGGUAUUUGGCAAAAUUGAGUAUACACAGCUUUCUAGCCUUUGUCUAAACCAGCCCUCAGCCUCUCACCUUCGUUUAUUCACUGAAAAAGUAUGCCUGGCAAUGGGUGUAAAGGUGAAUAAAACAUUCUCGGUGUUGGGGAUCCAGAACAUAGUAUGAUGAUUAUCUAUAAAGUGUUAGUAGUUCUGGAAAAAUACAUUUGAUUUGGAUGGCAAAACCAAAUACCUAUGGACAGCUUUUGGAAUUAAACUAGGUGAUGAACCUCCAAAUAUCAAAUGGGGAAAACCAUCAACCUGCCUGGUAUUGGUUUCUAUGUGAGAAGGAAGAGUUGGGGUAGGGUCUGGCAGACUUGAGAAAAGGAGAAUCUCAAAUUACUCAACUGAAACUUGGAAUUUGUCCUCUCCAUAGUGAGUGCAAGGUACCCAAAGGAAGGAUUGGAGAGACUGGGACAAUUUUCCCCAGUGAACUCUCAAAACAAGACUCCCUUUUAAGGACAGGACUGGACCCCACACUGAGAAGAAAGUAGCAAAAGUAUAAUCAUUGAGUGUAGAGACCAUAGGAGAGGGCUUAGAUCAAACUGGGGGAGGAGAACACAAUCAGGAAAAUCUUAGAAAGCAAGCCACCAUAUUUCUGAACAUUACUCAAAAACAACAGAAAAGGUAACAAGUCAAAAAAGCUUUCCUGAAUCUUGUAUCAUUCUAAAAGGCCAAGAAAAUAAUUUCAUGUAAACAUGAGCAGUUGAAAAAUACUGUCAAAUCUCAAAAGGUUAUCAAGAUGUGGUAUGUAUGAGUGCUUUCGUAAACAAAAUGGAGGAAAGAUCUCUGAAGAAUGUUAGGGGUAAGUUGUCAGCAAAACAUUCAUGGAGGGUGUAGCGUGCAUGGUGAAGGUAGCUUUAGUGCUGGUUCCUAUUCUAAUAUUCUCCAAGGAAGUGUUGGUCUGGCUGUAAUGUGUGCUGAUUGAUAUCAGACUGGAAAGGGAGGUGGCUACAAGAUCAUGAUUUAUACACUUAUGAGGGCAAAAGGAAAGGACAAGGUACUUGAAGAAAUUGUGACUCACUGAUUCCAAGUAAGGUGGCUGACCCAUUUGCCUUCACUUAUACCUUGUCCAACAGCUUCUUCUGCCUUUUCAUCCUUAACCUAGUGUGGACUACUGGGAUAUUCUGCCAGUUACUUAGUUACAGAUCAUUCCUGAUGUCUGUUUUCUUUUGUCCCAUAUCCAGUUAUCUUACUCAAGUAUUGAUUGUUCGUUGUAUAUAAUAGACACUUUCUAAGAAUUUUUAAAUUUUAUUUUUUUAAAGUAAGCUCUACACCCAAUGCGUCUGAACUCCUGACCCCUCAUGAGAUCAAGAGUUGCAUGCUCCACCAACUGAGCCAGACAGGCGCCCCAUAUACUAGGCACUUACCUAAAGCACUAGAGAAGCAGCAUGGUUCAAGCCAGAAGUACCUGUUCUAGAGAUUACAUUCUAGCUUGGCGAUAGCGGUAGCAUGAAUAUACGUGGUGAUAAGUGCUAUAAAGAAAAGAGUGGAAAGAGAUGGGGUUUAAAAAUGCUCAGGGAUAGCCUCUCUGAUGUCUCUACUAGAAUGUAAUCUGCAGGAGGGUGAGGACCUUACUGGUCUUGCCCAUUACUGCAUUUCCCAUGCUUAGAAUAGUGCCUGGCACGUAACACUCAGUAUUGAAUGAGUAAAUGUGGACCAUAGAGAAAUUAGUUCAAAAUACCCCAUUUUUAAAAAUUUUAUUUUAAUGUAGGUCUGCAGCAGGCACAGUUGAUCUUAAAUUGUCAUGUCAUUCCAGUGCAUCCUUGGCUGAAGUAGGAAUAAAGAUGUUGCUCUGUCUUACGAAGCCAGUAAAACCCAGACCAGAAUUAAAAAUGGGUAUCACUUGAUAGGAUUUAGUCCUUAACAAUACUCGGCCAGGUUAACGUCCGGUCCAUAUUUGAUAGCCUGGAUAACCAGGAGCGUUUGGUGAGUGAACAUUGUAAGUACUGCAAAGGUGCACAUCCCUCGAAGACUGCUUAGGUUCUGCUAAUCCCAUGAGCAGAUAAUGUUUGAAUGAAAUGAUCAGACAACAAAUAGCGACUUCAAGGGAAGAGGAGAGUGCGGCCCGCUUAGCGUCUGGGUGUAUAGGGGACGGCACUGCGAAAAGGGACGAAUUCCGGAUCGCGGGCCUGGCUCAAGACCCUUAAUACUUUCAUGACCCCGUGUAGUAGACACCAGUAGUUUAGCAUGGAGGAACCUAAGGACGCGUCAGAAGCUUGCGUCACCAUCUUCGCACCCCCCGCUCCGUUCCACCUGCUGUCUCUAGGCUUCUAUUGGUUGCCUCGCGGAAGGCCCGCCCCCUAGAGGAAGAAGGAAAUAUCCCAGUAGCCGGCCCAAAUAACCGUAACUAGCCUGACGUCAUAGCGCAGCCAAUCAGAAGCACAUAUGUUUAGGCUUGUCCAAUAAGCUCGGAAACUGGCUUGGCCCGCGGAGUUUGAUUUUCGUUCAGGGACGCGGAAGUUGUGCCCGGCCUCGGGGCGAGCCGCAAGGUGGGUGGGAGAGCGGAGGUAAGGGCCAAGCAUCCUGCGGAGUUACCCAGGUUGAGGGAAGGGGUUUGCGUGUCCAGCCCCGGGUCGGUGGGAGGCGUCGUUACCGUCUGUGGCUUGCAAACCGAGGCGCGCGGGCGGACACGAGUCGACGUCCGAGCGCUCCUGUACCAGGACGGGCGCAGGUAGGGCGUCCCUGACUGCGGAUUCGAGGCAGCGUUUCUUAAGGACCGCAGCUUGGUGUCCCGCUGGUUGCUCGCAGGCUCGGCUUCGGAGGAAGGUGAGCAAGGCGAUCAUUCUGGGUUUGGAGAGCCCCUGAGGAAGCUUGCGGCCAAGGCGACUGACACCACCGGCGCUAGUCUCGGCCUGUUACUCACUUAGUUGGAUGACUGAGUCACGUCGCGUAUCUGGGGUCCAAAUUCUUGUCUUUAAAAUGAGCGAGGAGGAUGGAUGGUACCCUAUUCGUUUGUGAGGAAGAGCCGCUGUUCAUUUGUUAAAGCGUUGGGUCGGCCCCCUGCCUGCCUUCAGGAGCUGAACUCAUCCCUCUCCUCAACCCAGAGCUUCCAGGAGAGCGGGGACUUCGCUGUCGCAGCUAACCCUAAAGGCUUCCCUGUUAAGUGUCCAAUUUAUUGUUGGUUGAUAUUUAUUAAGGCUGAAACAUCUUAUGAACUUUUAGUGCAAUUUAACUGAUAAAUUGAAAUUUCCUUUAUCAGCCCUUCCCCACGUCUUCAUUCCUCUCUCUCUUUGACUUCCUUCAAAAUACUGCUGGCCAAAAGAGAUCAGUUGAUGGUGUAAUGUGAAACGAAAGGAUUCCUCCAGGUAUCAAGAAACUGAUAAUGUUUCCUUGAAUUCGCUAAUGUAUUUGUUUCAUCAAUGUCACUCAUACUGAAUAUCUUAAGAGAGAUGCUGGAAUAUUUUGGUGUUCCCAUAGACCAGGUUUUGCAGAUUAGAGAAAAUAAAAACUAUGGAUCAGCUCGGAGUAUUGUUCGUCUUAUUGGGAAAAUUCUUCCUCUAGAACCUUGUCCCAGGCCUAAUUUUGAGUUGAUCCCUCUAUUGAACUCUGUAGACCCUGGUAACUAUGGAUCUGUAGUUCCAUCUUUUGCUGAUACUUUGCGUGUGGCAAAUGAUGAAGAAGGCAGUAAUCUCAGAUUUCGAAAUAGCAUAUGGAAAAAUGAAGAAGAGAAGAAAAUGGAAUUUUUCCAUCCUUUGCCACCAGUUUGGAAUCCAUUGCUGCCUGCUCCAAGACAGAAUAAACGGACCAAAAACGAUGGGCCUGUAAAUGAAGCUGCAAUUAAAAAAAUAGCUGCCCUCGAAGAUGAGCUGACUUUUCUUCGCACUCAGAUCGCUGCAAUUGUGCAAAUGCAGGAACUGAAAAACCGUGCAAACGCUGGCCUCUUUGACUUGAACAGCGAACCUAGCAGAUUGGGACAAAGGCCAUCGCCAGGAACUGCUGAACUGAGUGUCAAACCAGAUCCAUUUUCAAGUUCAGUGUUCUUCCCUCCACCUGCUCCUCCUCCUCCAGUGCCCCCUCAGCUUUCUUCUCCGCAACGUCCAUGUUCACUCACAUGGCCAGGAACUAAUAAUACAUGUAACUCAGAUAACUCAGCAAAUGAAGUGAAAAGACAGCAGUCAGGUGAUAGUAAGACUAAUGACAGUCAUCGUUCGAAAAGCCAGGAAAACAAAGAUGUUCCGAAUAUGUUGGACAUUCUAAAGGAUAUGAAUAAGGUUAAGCUCCGUGCUGUGGAACGGUCACCUGGAGGUAGACCCAUUCAUAAGAGGAAAAGACAAGAUUCACACUGGGAUCCAGUGUCUUUAAUAUCCCAUGCACUUAAGCAGAAAUUUGCAUUCCAAGAAGAUGAUUCCUUUGAGAAAGAAAAUAGGUCUUGGGAGUCUUCUCCAUUUUCUAGUCCAGAAACUUCAAGAGUGAGCUAUAAGAACGUAAAGUUAAUUUUUUAAUUUUUCAAAAGCGUAUUGUCCAUGAUGUAUCUCUGCCUUCAAGUUCUCUUGAAGUUCUUGCACAGAAUGGACCAUACAGUUAUUUGCUGGUACCGCUAACGUUUCUGUUGUUUCUGUUAACUUUUACAUGCUCCUUUUUUGCUUGUACCUUACUAUGAAUUUUUUUUUAAAUAAAACACUUGAUUUGAAAAAUACUUGUGCAUAAGUUUAUAAAGACUUGUCCUGGACGGGUGCUAACUUGAUGUUGCUGUCUGCUGUAUGAACGAAGUCUGAAACUUAAGUACUCCAGUAUUUUUCUCAGGCGAAUAUAAAGACUGGAUUAUUUAGUUAAAUAGAAUGUUAACAGUGCUCUUUGAAAAGCAAAUGGUAUCAUAAUUACCUUCAAUGACAAUGCUUCUUGGUUGCUUAAAAGGACAUUUUCUAUAUUUAUAUUUGACCCUUGAAAUUGCUCCUUAUUUGAAGUCUCUUUGAUUUAGACAUAGCUUUAAUUUGGGGGUUGGUUUUCCCAUAUCACAGCUCAGUUGAGGUAGUAGGUACAGAAGAAUAAGC